AUGGAGAGAGUGAUGAGCUUGGCCUCAAAACAUGCAGUUGUGAUCUUCAGCAAAACCUCAUGCUGCAUGUGUCACACUGUUCAAAGUCUAUUCUAUGAUCUUGGUGUUAACAUUGUCAUCCAUGAGCUUGAUCAAGAGCCAAGAGGGAGAGAUAUAGAGGGAGCUCUAGUUCAGCUUUUGGGCCCCAACACAGCAAUCCCAACAGUGUUCAUCGGAGGGAUGCUGAUCGGAUCCACUGAAAGGAUCAUGUCACUUCACCUUGGAGGAGAUCUCAUCCCUUUGCUUCGCAGUGCAGGGGCUAUCUGGCUCUAAUUAUCAGUCUGCAUCCCGAUACGACGACAGA